AUGGAGCAAUUUAAACAAUUAGUUUACCAGAGAGGCCGAGUGCAGGCGCGAGUAUCGGUGAUUAUCAACAAGCUAAGUGAUGCGAUAGAGCAAAACGAUAAUACCAACUUAUCGCAGUUAAAAGCUGUCCCAGUUUUUGGGAAAACAGAAGACCAGGACGAAAAGUUGGAUGAGUUUGACAGCAUUCAUACUGAUGCUUUGGAAAAGCUCAAUCAUCUGUUGGAUUUCUUUCGUGCCGAUCCAACACAUAACAACCGUGGAUCCCCUCAAGUUAUUGUGACCCAACAGCCUCUGAAGACGCCGAUUCCGACAUUCGACGGAAAGUAUGAAGCGUGGCCAAAGUUCAAGGCGCUGUUUAAUGAUUUGGUAGGUAAGUGUGGUGAUUCCGAUGCAACAAAACUGCAAUACCUCGACAAAGCGUUAAUUGGUGAAGCUUCCGGCAUCCUGGAUGCCAGAAUCAUUAACGACAACAACUAUCAACAAGCGUGGCAGUUGUUAGAGGAGCGGCUUGAGAACCCGCGAGUGAUCAUCGACACCCACAUUUCCGGUUUAUUGUCGAUGAAACCCAUAUAUAAGCAGUGCUGGAAAGAACUGAGAAACCUAAUCGACAAUUGUAAUCGUCAUGUAGAGGGGCUGCGAUUUAUGGAACAAAACAUCGACGGGACAUCUGGUCUUAUCGUUGUGAAGCUGCUGACAUCUUGCCUCGAUGGAGAAACGAGAAAGCAGUGGGAACAAACUUUGGAACAUGGGGAACUUCCGAACUUUGAUGAAUCCCUAAAGUUUCUCAGGAAUUAUUGUCAGGUCCUCGAAAGGUGUGAGAUAGAUAAGACGUCCUGCAAACUUCCUAUGUCGGUGAAGCCCAGCUGGUCACCGAGAGCAUUCUAUCCAGGGACAUCCGUUCUAUCCGAGAGUGUGUGUGAAGUGUGCGCAGGGUCGCACCUUAAUUACAAGUGUCCUUCUUUCCUGAACAUGAAUGUUGGUCAGCGGGUUAGCAAAGUGAAGCAAAUUGGACUGUGUUUCAACUGUCUUCGUAAGGGCCAUCAAAUUCGAGCCUGUCCGUCGGAUAAGUCAUGCUCCAAGUGUAGUAAAAAGCACCACACAAUGUUGCACUAUGAGCGAGAAUUUUAUCUUGAGCCUGAGUCACAAAGUUUAAAUACAACGGAAGAGUCAGAAGUUAAAACAGCAUCAGUAUCAGCUUUUCCAGAAAAUCCAGUGUCUACAGCGUGUUCCAGCUUUCAAAGACCAGCAAAACAAGUUCUUUUGAUGACUGCGUUGGUGAGUGUAGCAUCGAAAGGUGGCAGAGAAAGUAAGCUUCGUGCCCUCCUCGAUUCUGGAUCUCAAGUUAACCUUAUAUCUGAGUCUGCUGUCAACUUACUGGAACUUCCAAAGUAUCCUGCAAACAUUCCAGUUGUUGGUGUAGGUGGUGCAAAAUCUCGAAUUCUACAUCGUGUGAUAAUGAGACUAUUUUCCGAUUACUCUGGAUUCCAAAGUGACGUGAACUGUUUGGUGACGAGGAAAGUGACAGACAAAGUUCCUUCCGUUCCUGCUGACAUUUCGGAAUGGAACAUUCCACCAGGCAUUGUGUUAGCCGAUCCCAAAUUCAACCAGCCGAGAGAUGUGGACCUACUUAUUGGAGCUGAAAUAUUUUUCCAAAUAUUGAAACAAGCUCAACUGAAAUUAGCUGAGGGUCUUCCAAGCUUGUACGAGACAGAAUUUGGAUGGGUCUUCGCCGGUGCUUUGAAUGAAUCUGAAACCGAAGCUGUUAACGUGUUGUGUGCCACCAAUGAGGAUCCGUUGUUGAAAGAAAUUCCAAAGUAUUUCGAGCUUGCUGAAGAGAAAGUGCCAGCGAUGAAGAGAUUACUAUCAAAUGAUAACGAAGAUGAAAGAGAUGGAUCUAACUAUCAUCGAGGAACACCAAGACCUUGGUCAGUGCCACGAGAUUCGCGAGGAGAACGAUCGUAUGGUAUUUGA